AUGGUCUCUUUCAUCAAGUCCGUACAUGGCACGGCAGCUUUGGCCGUUGCUGCCCUGGCUCCUAGCAGCCUCAAGAUCGAGGACUCCACAUCGGUACAAGGCGUGGCUAAGACCAUUGCUGCUGGUGCCAUGUCGUACUAUCCUGGCACUGCCGCUGCAUUCGCCGACUUGCCGGCGCCGUAUUACUGGUGGGAGUGCGGUGCGCUCAUGGGAGCCAUGCUGGACUAUUCGCAUUACACAAAUGAUACUACGUAUGAUAGCAUCAUCACCACCGCCCUGCUUGCCCAGGCGGGACCGGAUUUUGACUUGAUGGUGCCAGCGCACUAUGGAGACGAGGGGAACGAUGACCAGGCUUUCUGGUCUUUUGCUAUUCUGUCAGCUGCGGAGCGCAACUGGCCGCAACCUGACUCGGCGAUCCCCUCGUGGUUGGAGAUCGGUGAGAACGCCUGGAACAGCCUCGCCAGCCGGUGGAACACGACGAACUGCGGCGGCGGCCUGCUGUGGCAGAUCUUUGCGAGCAACCCCAACGGUCUGACAUACAAGAACUCGGUCAGCAACGGCGGCUUCUUCCAGAUUUCAGCCCGCUUGUACCGCGCCACGAACAACCAGACGUAUCUGGACUGGGCCAACAAGAUCUGGGACUGGAGCCGCGAGGUUAAUUUCAUCGAUGACAGGUACAACGUGUACGACGGGGCCGGGGUGGGCGACGACUGCAAGGAGACGAACCCGGUGAGCUUCUCGUACAGCGCAGGCAUCUACCUCUACGGCGCGGCGAUCAUGGCCAACGUGACGAAUGGUACCGACUCCGCGGACUGGGUCGAGCGCACCAAGGGCCUGCUGGACGCGUCCAAGUCCUUCUUCAGCCCCUUCAGCAACGCCACCAACAUCAUGUACGAGCACGCCUGCGAGCAGGUCGACAGCUGCAACACGGACAUGAAGUCGUUCAAGGGCUACCUGUCGCGCUUUAUGUGGGCCGCGACCCAGAUGGUGCCCGAGAUCGUCCCCUCCGUGCAGGCCCUGCUCAACCCCUCGGCCAGGGCCGCCGCCGACGCCUGCUCCGGCGGCAGCAAGGGCACGUCCUGCGGCCAGAAGUGGUACGUCGGCGGCUACGACAACGUCACCGGUCUGGGCCAGGAGAUGAGCGCGCUCGAGACGGUCCACGGCAUUCUGGUGCCGUACGCCACGCCCCCCUUCAAGGCCGGCGAGAUCAAGAACGUGCGGAGCUCUUCGCCGCCGACGGCCUCGGUCAGCCCCGUCCCGUUCCCGACGAGCACCCCGACGCCUACGAAGCGGUCGAACGAGGCGGGGGUCCUCGGGGUUGAUCUCACAUGGGUGGGCUUGAGCCUGCUCACGGGGGUGUUCGUCUGGGGCUUGAUAUGA